AAGGGGUAGGCUAUAGCGCGAUUCGUGAUGCCCCUUCCUUCAGUAGAUAAGCUCCCCAAGCGCGGAUAUCUUCCCACUGCACGUCGUUCCUUCAGGGAAGGAUAACCGUCCCAUGGGAAAGAUGUUCGAGACGCUGGACACUCAAGUACCUGCAAAGUGGGAAAACUAACUGUUAAAGUUUGUCAGAUGUCAAAAGUGGUGGCCUCGCCUACAUUCCUCGGUACCCACCAUCCACGGAAUUUGUUACUCUUCCACAGCGGUACACGAUGUCUCAGCCAACCAAUUCCACAGCACAAGAGGUGAUCAUCACAGACUUCGUCCGGAACAUACGUGCCCCGUUCACCUUCGUAACAGUCGUUACAUCCUUAUGUGCAUGUCUUAUUCCACUGCUGGUUGUGCUGUUCGUGUUUUCGACCGCAGAGUCGCGUAGGCGGUUGAUUUUCCGCCUAAACGUUAUUGCUAUCUGCUUUGCUUUAGUACUUGGGGUCCUAAACUUCGUCGUCAGCGGAAGCGCCAUCCUACGGCCACUCGAUCCUAUUCCGGCAUCGGUGUAUACAGCGACCAUUAUAUUUGCCAUGUUCCCGCCGAUCUUUUACGACUCCAUACUACUAACACGCCUCCUUGCAUUAUACCCCAUAGAAAGGACCCCUUUAUCCACCCUAAUGCGGGUGCUUGCAUUUCCCGUGUGUGUCAAAUGCGGUCGUUUUGUCGUGCUGUCGCUGUACGUCCACCAAUAUAUCAUAUCAACGCCAGACGUCACGACCCUCACUACGCAAGCAGAGGUGACAUGGUUUCGCAACCCUUAUGUCACUACGGAAUGGACUUUGCAAAUGUUCGAUAAUCUUUACUCAUCAGGGCUUUUCCUCUACAAACUGCACAUCCAAUGCGCAGGGACAACUUCAUUGAGAUUGACAUUGGACUCGUUUACAUUUUCGCUCCCUCAAACGAUCGGGAUCGGAAGAAGGAUACGGCAAAUACUUUAUAUCUCGGCUGCCAACUUCGUAUUUCCAGUCUUAUUUAACAUAGGGCAAAUCAUCUGCAUCACGACCGAUUCUUCGUUCUACGUCGGCACCGUGCUCCUCCUCGCUAACAGCUAUGUGAGCGUCAUUGGUGUCCUUUGUGCAACGAUAUGGGUCUCGGGUGACGACUACAUCCAUCGGCGCCAUCCAUACAGUACUGGGAGCUCCUUCGUCAGCCCACGGCGCUCGAUGGGUGGCAAUGGACCCCGACCCGAUAUUGAACAAGGUACUGGGGUUCGAUUUGAAACAAGCAUCAAUCGUAAUAACACUGUAGAGCUGUCGAAGGCGGACAAGGAUUUGCAGGAUCUUAGACAUGGAGUUGGCGAUAUGAGCGACAAGAGGGAAUUAUCAACUGGUAGCUCCACUUCUAUCAUGUUUCCUAUUGUCGAAGAGCAUGUAAGGUACGACACAGAGCAACGUUAACUGUUACUAUUGUAGAAGCUGGUCAUUGAAACGUUGAUUUUCUGGCUUACAAGCAAUUGAGAAGUUACUUGAGCUGGUUGGACGCGUCGGUCACGUGCUCCCGUGACAUGGCCAGACGCGUCGCUUCACUUGGAC